CCUACCUUUCUCUUUAUGAGAAUGGUUCCCAUAUACUCCAUUUAAUGACGUAGACAUACAUGAACCACUCGAUUUAAUGACGUACACAUACAUGACCCACUUUAUUUAAUGACGUAGACAUACAUGACCCACUCCAUUUAAUGACGAACACAUACAUGUCCCACUCUUUUUAAUGACGUAUAAAUACAUGACCCAAUAAGUUCAUAGAAAAUGGAUAAAAUGAUACAGUAAUCUUUAGUCUUAUCUAAGUCAGUUAACCUGGCUGUCUCAUGAUGACAGAAAAAAAAAUAACAUGUAAAAAGGUGGUACAAGGUCAAUAAAACAGUACACAAGAGCGUUCUGUAAAUUAUGGCUCUUAAGAUGCGGGAUUUAUUGGAACAGCUUAGAAACAUUAAAUUCUUUUGAAAAGCGUGUCUACUUUUAAGGGAACUAAUCUGUCUGUUCCCAUGUCAUUAAUUAAUUUGUGUGCUUUCUAUUUCAUGUUUAUGGCAUGUAAAAUAACCAAAAAUAAUAAAGUAAGUAAAUAAAUUAAAGAAUGUAAAGUCAAUUAAAGUAAUUAAAGUCAAUUAAAGUAAUUAAAGUCAAUUAAAGUAAUUAAAGUCAAUUAAAGAAAGUAUGACACAUGUUAACCUCAAUGUUAUGUGAUUAUGUCACAAGUUAACAUCAAUACUAUUUGAUUAUAUAAUAUAUUAGAAUAAAUUGUAUAUGAUUAAAUCAAAUGUUAACCUCAAUGUUAUAUUAUUAAAUCAAUUGGUAGCAUGUCAUGUAAACAUCAAUUCUGUAUGUUUAUAUCAUAUGUUAACAUCAUUGUUAUAUGUUUUAUAUAAAAUGUUACCAUGAAUGUUUAUAUGAUUAUAUCAUAUGUUAACAUCAGUGCGAUGUCAUGGUUCUGUGAUGACCAGAAAUUAAAGAAAACAAUACCAUAAUGUUCUAUGUACCAGUUGUAAUCCUGAUUUAUUUGGUCCAUGGAAGUCUUUGUCAAGAUACUGGUAACAAUUGUAUUCCAAAAGUAAGUACAGUAAGUAAAUCAGGUACAGUAAGUAAAUCAGGUACAGUAAGUAAAUCAGAACAUUGGUACAUUGUCUCCAUAUGGAUUGAACCAAAUCCAUAGUUUUACUUAGCUGCCAUGUCUUUUUCCUGUUUGGUUUUUCCAAUUAUGUUUGAAUCACUUCCUUUCUACAUCUCUUUACUUUGUUUUUGUCAGGUUUAAGCGCCCUCUCCUAUAUUUUUUCUGUUUUAGGUAGGAUAUAUAUAUUGACAUUAUGUAAAUUUAAUUUAUACUUAUUUAAAUGUGUUGUGUUUGUUUGUACUGAUGAAGGCAUGUGCCGAAACGUUUAAUUCUGUAUAAUGUACAAUUAUUAUUAAAGCUAACUCAUAUUGUUCUAUUGACACUUUUUAUAAUAAGUAAAUCAGGUACAGUAAGUAAAUCAGGUACAGUAAGUAAAUCAGGUACAGUAAGUAACGUAAGAAAAGCCAAGUAUGUAAAAUAAUAGUUAUAACAAAAUUAAUUUUGCUUGCUGUGCAAGAAACGGAUCUGUCAUUCUUUUCAAAAUAAACACACUCGCAAUAUAAUCUCAAAGAAACGAUGACUCAAGUAGAGGGUGAUUGACUAAAGUAGAGGGUCAUUGACUCAAGCAGAGGGUGAUUGGCUCAAGUGGAAAGUUUUAAACUCCUAUUUGUUAUGUGUUUGUAAUAACUGAUUGAAUAUUACAGAUUUGCAACAAGCUUUAAAAAAAUAUAUAUAUAUAUUCUUAAAAUAUUAUGUUCGUUUAGAUGGGUUAUAUCGUUUAAAAAACCUUGUGUUUCACAUUUCAAAUUGGAGACACACAUCAUGACAUUGAUGAAAUUAUUUUAUAAUAGAUAUGAACUUUCUGUUACAUUACAGGAAUGCCAAUCUAACGGAGAAGAGGCAGUUUGUACUGGCGCAAACAUUACAUCCCUACCGGAUUUUAUUGAUUGUGGAUUCCAUAUUUCCCAGUUGACAUUUACGGUAGUUUAAUCAUUACAAAGAAAGAAUACUUAGAUAAUUUUACCCCUGUUAUCCACUAAAUACUAAUAAAUAAUGAGAGAAACAAAAAAUGGACAAGUUCUAGACAUGCAGACAAGAAGUUGAAAAAAAAGAAAGAAAGAGAAAGUGAAAGAGUGAAUGUAUUCGAAUAGAAUGUGUUCCUUUUUAAUGUAAUUUUCAUAAAGAGUUAUCUCCUUAUUUAGGAUUGAAAUUGAAUUGCCAACUUUGAAUCUAAAACCAUUUUUUUUUCUCAAGAUAUAUUCAUUUUCGCUACAACCUCGCUCCGAAUUUGAUGCAAAUUCGUUCUUUCUUUAUUUCUGCAGAGCACUUCAAUUGCUAAUUUAUCAGGCAACUCUUUACCGCCUGGUUUAAACACCCUCGCUUUCUACGACACCCCUCUGCAGUACAUCUCCGACGAUGCCUUCGACAGCUGUGCCACGACUUUAAACUUAAUUGCAUUCGGGAACUCAAUGCCUAAUCACAUCCCAAACGCAUUCUUGAAUUUGACAUCUUUACAAACGCUUGAGAUCAAUGAUGUCAACAUCCAAGACUGGAACGUCCCCGUCCUUCAGAAAAUUGGGUCAGCUGUGACUGACUUUGGGUCGACAAACACUGGGCUCAAGGCAUGGCCAGUCUGGCUUAAGUACUUCUCUUCUCUUACCGCAUUACAACUCUCAACAACUCAGAUCUGGUCUAUCCCCGAGGAUGCUUUAGUACACAUCGCUCACUCCCUGUCCACGUUUGAGUUGUCCUACUCAAAUCUAACACAAAUACCACAAGCUAUUUUAGCGCUUAACAGACUCGAUUUUUUAUAUUUAAAGUGGAACCAAAUCAUAGACAUUACGAAUGUGAACCCUACCGUAAAAUCUGUCGAUCUCACAGGAAACCGUAUUACAAACAUUUACACCGAGACCUUCUCAAAUGCCGUAAAUCUUCGCGACUUGGUUCUCAGCAACAAUCCGAUUACUAGAAUAGCCGUCGAUGCAUUCUUGAAAACCCCUUUGAUUUCCCUUCAGCUUGAAGGGACGAAUUUGACCAGGGUGCCACUGGCACUGUUAAAGCUAACACAUUUAAUGACUUUGGACCUCGGUGAAAAUGAAAGAAUGGUCUGCACGUGCGUGGAGUCCAGUCUUCAGACCUGGUUCUUCAGUCUGCCGGAUAUGGAGGUUGACGGGGAAUGCGAUGCAGUGGACAUUCGGGAAUUUUUUACCAGAAUUGCUGUAGAUUGUCCCAAAUAAUUGACGACAAUAGAUCUUUAAAUUGACAAAAAUAAAUCAAUAUAUUGACAACAAUAAAUCUGCAGAUUGACAAUAAAAAACAUAUUAUGAAUAUUGA